AUGACGAAUCCUCGCUGCGUCUUCAAUGCAGCUUCUGCUCUUCGUCGAGUAUUCUUCUCGGGAUUCCCAAUUGAAUCAUCUACAUCGACAUCGACAUCUCUUCUACGCAACACUCCCAUAUUUUCCUCCUCCUCCUCUUUCCUCCUCCAACCCCGCAUCCAAACCCGCAGCGUCUUCAAACCCACCUCCACCGCCGUCGCCGAACAGCGUCUACCCCGGGAUGCCGAAAUUACAGCCCCCUAUCUGCGACUCAAAAAUGCCGAAGGGAAACUCGAUCCUCCUGUGUGCACCGCGCAGAUUCUCCGCUCUAUAGAUCUCAAAACACACAUGUUAGAAAUCAUCGCCUAUCCGGAUGAAGAACUCCCGCCGAUCGCACGGAUUGUGAAUAAACGGGAAUUAUUUCAGAAGAAAAAAGAGGUGAAGAAGAGUAAGAAUCCGGGAGCGGUCACGAAAACGAUCGAGAUGAAUUGGGCGAUUGAGAAAAAUGAUUUGGGUCACCGGUUGCAGAAGAUGAGGGAGUUCUUGGAGAGGGGGAAUAAGGUGGAGGUUAUUUUGGCGGGGAAGAAGAAGGGGAGGAAGGCGUCGGUCGAGGAGGCGGAGGGGGUCAUUGAGAGAAUUAGGGAGUUUGUUGCGGGGGUGGAGGGCGCGAAGGAGAGGGUGAAGAUGGAGGGGAAGGUUUUGGGGAUGGCGGUGUUGAGUUUUGAGGGGAGGGUGGGGAAGAAAGGGGAGGGGGGUGGGAAUGGGAAUGGGGGGAAGGUGGAGGGGGAGAAAGUAGAGGGGGAGAAAGAAGAGGGUACUAAGGAAGAUGUGAAAUUGGAAGGCGCAAAUUAA